CAAUUCAAGACUUGACACAAGUUCAACAAUGGCGUCACGUAUCUUCUGAGAACAAUCCGGCGGAUCUCAUCUCCAGAGGGAUGAAUCCUGAGAAGUUGAAUGGAAAUAAACUGUGGUUCAAGGGACCUGAUUUUCUGAAUGAGCGAGAGUAUCCCAAUCGGGAAAUUCCGUCAUCGAUCCUAAAUGAUGAGUUCACCUGCGAGAUUAGACAUUCAGAGCAAAUUAACUUACCUGUGUUUACUAUGACGUCGAACCUUUUUAUUCUUGAAUUACUUGAUAUUAGCAAUAGUUAUUCUCAAGUAUUGCAUGUUAUUAGUUAUCUUUUUAGAUUUAUCCACAAUGUAAGGAAUCCUGGAAAUAGGAUGUUGGGGCUUCUUACUACGAAAGAAAGAAGUAAGAGUGAACUCUUUCUGAUAAAAAACGUACAAGGUAUAGCGUUUGCAGAAGAUCUGCAGUGUUUAAGGGCUCAACAAAACGUGCCACACAGAAGUAAGAUAAAAAAUUUAAAUCCUUUUUUAGAUGAAGAAGGAGUGUUAAGAGUAAAUGGCAGAAUAAAUCAUGCUAAUGUAGAAUUUAAUAGUAAAUUUCAAAUUAUCCUGCCUAAAGGUCAUAAAUUAACUAAGCUAAUUUUAGAGUUCUUUCACAAACGAUAUUUUCAUUUAGGGCCUACUGCUUUACUACAUUAUGUUAGACAGAAAUUUUGGCCUGUUCAGGGUAAGGCAACGUGCAGGAAAAUUGUGCACGAUUGCAUAGAUUACUUUAAAGUGAAACCUUUAGGAGUUGAACAGUUAAUGGGAAAUCUCCCGAAAGAAAGAGUAACUCCUGAUUUUCCUUUCAAUUGCUCGGGCACAGAUUUCUGUGGUCCAUUUUUUAUAAAGUACAAACAUCAACGGAAGGGAAUUUAUCAUAAAAUUUAUGUUUGCAUUUUCGUGUGUUUAGUCACUAAGGCAAUACACCUAGAAUUAGUAACGGAUCUAACCUCUAAUGCCUUUAUCGCGUGUUUAAAGAGAUUUGUGGC